CACAACAGUUUUCGGAUUGUGUCUGAAAUCCAAUCAAAUUUAACUUUAACGUUAAAUGCAAAGCGAAUCAAAGACAUUAUGUAUAGGUAUAUUUUCCUUAUAGGUACUUUGAAUGCGAUAUGCAACGGCUUGGAAAAUGGCUUGGCCAGAACUCCUCCAAUGGGUUGGUUGUCCUGGGAGCGGUUUCGAUGCAAUACCGACUGUGCAAAUGAUCCCGACAACUGCAUUAGUGAGCGACUAUUUCAAAUAAUGGCUGACCUGCUUGUUACGGAAGGCUAUGCUUCAGUGGGAUAUGAGUAUGUAAAUAUUGAUGACUGCUGGCUGGAAAGGCACCGCGGUACCGAUGGCAAGCUUCUAGCUGAUCACAAGCGAUUCCCUAGCGGUAUUAAAGCCCUAUCAGAUUACAUUCAUUCAAGAGGCUUGAAAUUCGGCAUUUAUGAAGACUACGGAAACUUCACAUGCGCUGGAUAUCCCGGCAUUAUUGGCUAUGAGGAAAUUGAUGCGCUUCAGUUUGCCGAAUGGGAUGUGGACUAUGUUAAACUGGAUGGCUGCUAUGCCUUACCCUAUGACAUGGAUCGAGGGUAUACGCAGUUUGGCCGAUUCCUAAAUAGCACUGGAAAGGCAAUGGUCUACUCCUGCAGCUGGCCGGUUUAUCAAAUCUAUGCGGGCAUCCAGCCUAAUUUCUCAGCUAUUCAGACGCAUUGUAAUCUUUGGCGAAAUUUCGACGACAUUCAAGAUUCCUGGGCAUCGGUUGAGAAUAUUAUUGACUAUUACGGUAACAAUCAGGAUUUAAUUGCACCCAACGCAGGACCCGGACACUGGAAUGAUCCUGAUAUGUUAAUCAUUGGAAACUUUGGUCUAAGCUAUGAACAGGCAAAAACGCAAUUUGCUAUUUGGUCAAUUUUAGCCGCUCCCCUUUUAAUGUCGGUUGACCUAAGGACAAUACGGCCCGAAUUCAAAGAAAUUUUACUCAAUCGCAAGAUUAUAUCUGUGGAUCAAGAUCCGUUGGGCAUACAAGGCCGAAGAAUCUAUAAGCAUAAGGGAAUCGAAAUUUGGUCUAAGCCGAUAAGUCCAGUAUAUCAGAAUUUCUACUCCUAUGCGCUCGCCUUCAUAAACAGGCGAACAGAUGGUACACCCUCUGAUAUCUCUGUCACAUUGCGAGAAUUGGGUCUUAUCAAUAAUUAUGGAUAUAGAGUCGAGGAUCUCUAUGAGAAUAUUAACUAUGGAAUACUGUUUCCGAAAACAAAAAUCAAGGUUAAGGUAAAUCCAUCGGGAGUUGUUAUGUUGAAAGGCGAAACUCAAAAUAUAAACAAAUUUUAA